GUUAUUUGAUCAAACUAUUUUGACGGUCAAAUUUGUCUAUCUUGUAUUGUUAUAAUUCUUUCAUAGCUUAGAAUUUGCAAUUAUGGCGGAUUCAAAUGCACCAGAGCAGCAGAGUCGUGGUCUGUUUGGAAUGUUCGGGAAGAAGAAAGAAGCGGAAACUGAUCAGCAGCAGCAGGAGGAAGAGGGGCAUGCCAACGUAGCCGAGGUUUGUCCUCCACCUGUUUAUCAAGACUGCGUGGAGGAAGACAAACCCUAUGCUGAGGAUGAGAAGAAGACAGAAGAGGGAAAGCUGAAUCGUACUAAUAGCUCUUCCUCCAUCUCUCCGAGCGAUGAGGAAGAAGGAGAAGGGGGCGAGAAGAGAAAGAAGAAAGGACUGAAGGAGAAGCUUGGUGGACAUAGAAAAGAAGGGGAAGAUGUUCGUGAAGAGGAACAAGAGAAGAAAUGGUUCUCUGGACAGAAAAAAGAAGGGGAAGACAUGCGUGAAGAGGAACAUGAGAAGAAAUGGUUCCCUAAACAGAAGAAAGAAGAGGAAGAUAUGCGUGAAGAGGAACAAGAGAAGAAAUGGUUCCCUGGACAGAAAAAAGAAGAGGAAGACAUGCGAGUAGAGGAACACGAGAAGAAAUGGUUCCCUGAACAGAAGAAAGAAGAGGAAGAUAUGCGUGAAGAGGAGCAAGAGAAGAAAUGGUUCACUGGACAGAAAAAAGAAGAGGAAGACAUGCGAGUAGAGGAACACGAGAAGAAAUGGUUCCCUGAACAGAAGAAAGAAGAGGAAGAUAUGCGCGAAGAGGAACAAGAGAAGAAAUGGUUCCCUGGACAAAAAAAAGAAGAGGAAGACAUGCAGGAAGGAGAACGUGAGAAGAAAUGGUUCCCUGAAGGGAAGAAAAAAGAUGAAGAUAUGCGUGAAGAGGAACAAGAGAAGAAAUGGUUUCCUGAACAGAAGAAAGAAGAGGAUAUGCGUGAAGAGGUACCAGAAAAGAAAAAGGAAGAGGAAGAGGUGUAUCAAGAGAAACAAGAGAAGGGAGGAGUUGUGGAUAGAAUAGAGGAGAAGUUCCCUGGACAGAAGAAAGAAGAGGAAGACAUGUAUGAAGAGGAACAAGAAAAGAAAUGGCUCCCUGAACAGAAAAAGGAAGAGAAAGAGGUGCAUCAAGAGAAACAAGAAAAUGGAGGAUUUAUGGAUCAGACAAAGGAGAAGUUCCCUGGACAAAAGAAACAAGAGGAAGACAUGUAUAAAGAGGAACAAGAAAAUAAAUUGCUCCCUGAACAGAAAAAGGAAGAGGAAGAGGUGUAUCAAGAGAAACAAGAGAAGGGAGGGUUUAUAGAUAAGAUAAAGGAGAAGUUUCCUCGACAUAAGAAAGAAGGACAAGAGACGCAUCAAGAGAAACAAGAAAAUAAAAAUUCUCUUGGACAAGGGGAAGAGGUGCGCCAGGAGACACAUGGGAAGAAAGGAUUGAUUGAUAAGAUAAAGGGGAAGCUUCCUGGCCACCAUGGCGAAGGAAAAGUCCAGUAGAUGCAAGUACACAUCGCCAUAUGUUAUAUGUAUCGUGUGUGUUCUAUGCUUUAUUUCUUAAGAUGUGUCUAAAGAGUACUAUAUUUUUUUCUAAAUGAUUUUGAGAGUCGAUCCUUGUAGUCAUGACAAGGCAAUUGAAGAAGACUCUAGGUAUGGUUUAAUGUUUGUGUAAUAUUUUGUAAUAAGCUAUUUAAAUGCAAAGAUAUCAAUAUUUGUA